UUUACAAUAAGCCUCUUCUUCCUCCAUUUCGACAAUGCGAACGUGGCCGAUUCCUCUCCGCUCGGAAGAAACGAGCUAGAAGGGCAAUGAAUCCUAAACCCUAAACCCUAAAAGCAGUCCUCUGUGUGUGUGUGUGGAGGAGCUUCGAGCUGAGAUUGAUCGAUGGAAGGAGGAGAGGAGAAGAGGCGGCGGAGGGGGCUAACUGUCUUCUCGCAAGAAUACUACGCUGUCUGCGCAUUUGGUGGAAUGCUAAGCGCUGGAACGACGCAUCUAGCAAUCACCCCACUCGAUGUUCUCAAGGUUAACAUGCAGGUAAAUCCUGUGAAAUAUAAUAGCAUAUUUUCGGGCUUUAAUAUUUUAGUAAAAGAACAAGGCCCUUCAUCUCUUUGGAGAGGCUGGUCUGGAAAAUUAUUUGGAUAUGGGGCUCAAGGUGGCUGCAAAUUUGGGCUUUACGAGUACUUCAAGAAAAUGUAUACGGAUUUAAUGAUAUCGGAUAAUCAAACAAUGAUCUUCUUCAUCAGCAGUGCUUCUGCUCAAAUAUUGGCAGAUAUCGCUCUUUGUCCCUUCGAAGCCGUCAAAGUCCGCGUCCAAACUCAACCUUAUUUUGCUCGUGGCUUGGUUGAUGGAAUACCAAAACUGUAUGCCUACGAAGGCUUCUCUGGCUUCUAUAAGGGACUUGGUCCACUUUGGGCUCGAAAUCUUCCAUUUUCUAUGCUCAUGUUUUCAACAUUUGAGCAUUCCGUGGAUCUUUUGUAUCGCAAAAUAAUCCAGAAGAAGAGGGAGGAAUGUUCAAGAGCUCAACAACUUGGCAUUACAUGUAUAGCUGGUUACACAUCUGGGGCUAUUGGUACCAUAGUUUCAACUCCAGCAGAUAACAUAAUUGCCUCGCUUUACAACAAAAAGGCGCAGAAUGUACUGCAGGCGGCUAAGAGUAUUGGGUUUCCAAAACUGUUUACAAGGAGCCUUCCUAUUCGGAUUGCUCUUGUAGGACCAGUUGUGACUUUGCAGUGGUUCUUCUAUGAUUCUAUCAAGCUACUAACAGGAUUGCCCACCAGUGGAGGCAUUGUGGCUGAUAGAAGUUAGCAAUAACAUAUGAAGACUGUAUAGAACUUCGGAGGGAAUUUUACCAUAUUCAAGCUGAUACGAUAUAGUAAGAGGGUUCUUUUUCUAUUUCUCUAGCUUUCUCUUGCAGCGACGUGCCCUUCCAGGUGUUCAGUAAUGUUACUGAUGCUUAAAGGCAAUUAUACCUCUUUAUAUUGUGGUACGCAGACUGAAUUUUCUGCAAUAUCUUGAUUCUGCUUCUAAAUUUUAACCAUUCGAAUGUAUAUAAUGAUUUUAAAUAUUGGGAAAUUUACAUGUCUA